AUGAUAGAUAUGUUUUCCUUGAUUUUAGUCUUAUUGUUCUUAAAGGCUUCCUUGCUUUUCUGCACUUUGAAUGAUCCCAAGUGCUUUUUAAGAAUAAAAGACAAGAAAAACGUGGAUGGAGAUAAGGAAGUUGAUUGUUUUUUUUCCAUUUAUGCUAAACAUGGGCAUGUGAAGAAUGAUUUCUUUAGUGGAAAUCUAGACAAGCAGUUGACAACUAAGAACAUCCAUUUGAUUUUAUCUCUUUAUUUUUCUAUUGAGGAAAUCAAUAGCACCCCUCAGGUUUUACCCAAUAUAUCUCUGCUGGUUAAAAUUGAAUGUAACUUAUUGGCUGAUCGGAGUAAAAUCAGUUUAUCCUCAAGAAAAGGUGAUUACUUUCCUAACUUCGACUGUAGAAACCAGAGAAGAUACUUAAUUGUAUUUACAGGACCAAUGUGGUUCCCAACUGCCAUGCUUGGACCACUUCUGUAUAUCUCCAGAACUCCAGAGCUUUACUAUGGGCCAUUUCAUCCUCUUCUCAAUACCUAUGAACAAUUUCCUUAUCUGUAUCAGAUGGCUAUCAAGGACACAUCUAUAGCUAUUGGCAUGGUGACUUUGGUGAUUUAUUUCAGCUGGAACUGGGUAGGAUUGAUGAUUUCAGAUGAUGAUCUAGGACUUCAAUUUGCCUCUGAGUUGAGAGAAGAAAUGCAAAGAUAUGACAUCUGUUUAGCCUUUGUGACUGUUAUCACAUAUAACAGCAAAUUAUUCUUGACAAUGGCUGGCAUGUAUUAUAAUCAAAUCAUAAUGUCUUUAGCAAAAGUUGUUAUCAUUUAUGGUGACAUAGAUUCUUUUCUACAAGUAAUCUUUAGACUAUGGCAGUUUGUAGACAUUCGGAGAAUCUGGAUUGCUACAUCACAGUGGGAUAUAAUUACAAGUAAUGGAGAAUUCCUUUUCAACUCCUUUCACGGCACCCUCAGCUUUUCACAUCAUUACUCUGAGAUAUCUGGUUUUAAAGAAUUUAUACAGACAGUGUACCCUUUAAACUACAGUAACACUAUCUCUCCUGCUAAAUUAUGGUGGGUGAAUUUUAAUUGUUUUUGGCCAUCAUCUAAUUGUAAGAAAUUGAAGAAAUGUUCAAGAAAAAUGCUCCUGAAAUGGUUAUCUAACAACCAGUUUGAAAUGGCCAUGAGUGAAACAAAUUAUAACCUAUACAAUGCUGUGUAUGCUGUGGCCCAUUCACUCCAUGAGUUAAUUCUGCAGCAAGCAAAUACAUUGUCAAAUAACGUUGAGAAAGAACUGGAGUUUGAUUCUUUGCAGGUCCUCUCUUCCCUGAAGAAGAUCCAGUUUGUAAAUCCUGCUGGGGACCUAGUGAACCUGAAUCAGAAAGAAAACUUGAAUGUAGAUUAUGAUAUUUUCUACACAGGAGAUUUUUUACAAAGUUAUGGAAUUAAAGUGAAAAUAGGAAACUUUUUCAAAUACCUCACACAACCUCAAAAAUUGCUUAUGUUUGACGAAAUGGUAGACUGGGCCACAGAUAUUAGACAGACUCUACCCUCAAUAUGCAGUACACCUUGCAAUCCAGGAUUUAGAAAAUCCCCUCAGGAGGGAAAGGCUGUCUGUUGCUUUGAUUGUAACCCCUGCCCAGAGAAUGAGAUUUCCAAUAUGACAGAUAUGGAUUAUUGUUACAAAUGUCUAGAUAAUCAAUAUGCCAACUCAGAAGGAACUCAUUGUCUCUCCAAAACUGUGAUAUUCCUGUCUUAUGAAGACCCCAUAGGAGUGACUCUAGCAUGCUUGGCCCUAUGCUUUUCUGCUCUCACAGCUGUUGUAUUUGGUAUCUUUUUAAGAAACCAAGACACUCUCAUUGUCAAGGCCAAUAACCGAGCUCUCAGCUACUGCCUGCUCAUCUCACUCAUCUAUUGUUUUCUUUGUUCUCUGCUGUUCAUUGGAAAACCACAUAUGGUAACAUGCAUCAUGCAGCAGACCAUAUUUGCAGUUGCGUUUACUGUUGCUGUCUCUACUGUUUUAUCCAAGACAAUUACUGUGGUACUGGCCUUCAAGUUUACUCUUCCUAGUAAAAAGAUGAGAUGGCUAAUGACAUCAGGAACAUCAGUCUUGAUCAUUCCCAUAUGCACCAUGAUCCAACUGAUCAUUUGUGGAAUCUGGCUGGGAACUUAUCCACCAUAUGUUGAUAGUGAUGGGCAUAUUGAACAUGGCCAUAUUUUGAUUGUUUGCAACAAAGGUUCAGUUACUGCCUUCUAUUGUGUCCUAGGAUACUUGGGUUCUAUUGCACUGGCAAGUUUCACUGUAGCAUUCUUAGCCAGGAAUCUUCCUGAUACAUUCAAUGAAGCCAAGUUCCUGACAUUUAGCAUGCUGGUGUUCUGUAGUGUCUGGCUCACUUUCCUUCCUGUCUACCAUAGCACCAGUGGCAAGGCCUUAGUCAUUGUGGAGGUAUUCUGCAUCUUGACCUCCACUGCAGGACUACUAAUCUGCAUCUUUGCUCCAAAAUGCUACAUUAUUUUGUUAACACCUAAAAACAACUCUUUUCAUACCUUUAGGCACAAAUGCUAA